AUGAGACUUCCGACUGACCUGACAGUAGUAGAUUCUAUCAAAGCUGUGAUAGAAGACAAUUUGAAGGAAGAUAAAGAUGAAUUCAUCGAACGAACUGCUGUUACAUUGAAAAAAGACUUUUUUCACGAGCUUUACAAAGAACUUUCGUAUGAUGUCCACGACUCUUCCGAAAAAUCGGAGAACGAAAAGAAAACCCAGCACGUGCUCAUCGACUUCAUUGAAACCUUCAAACCAUUGAUAUUGGGGAAAGAAAGCUGGCUUUCAGAAGAACUUCUGGGUACCGAAUUAUGGUCUCAUCUGACGACACCAGCUAAGGGAAAGACAACGCGAGGAAGGAUGCGCCAGUUUAAGACUUAUAAAAAGGAUACUAUAGUCGAACUUAUAAGCGUGAUCAGAAACCUCCAACUUCAUUUUGAAGAGCAGCCCCUUCGCAUCCGCAAAAUUCUUCUCAACUCAAAAUGUCCAGAUGAUGAUGUGACCCUCUCUUCCGCCGAUUCACUUACGAAGUAUUUCAACUUCUGGGAAAAGAAAUUUCCUAGUUUCCUCGAAAAUCUAUACACUGUAUUUUCGAUGUUGAAGCUGUCGUCUCUCAAAACCUUUUACGGUAAAAUGGAUAACGAUGAGGAAUUGAACGACAUCGAUGCCACUGUCAAUAGCAAAAAUUACAACGAAAAAUUCCACAGUGAUGAUUCUGGAAUCGAAUCAAGGCAACGGGGCUGA